UGAGACUAGUGCAUAACCGCAAAAAACUCCAACUUUAUCAGUGAAGAAUACAGCAGCGCAAGACAGAAGGACGAUGAUGCGGGUCUCCAGCGCCGGGACCGGCUGAUCGGGUCAGACUCAUCGAUAACAGUGAUCUACAACCGAUUUCUAAUAUUGGAAGGAAGGCAUUUGAAAGCAAGCACCUUAAAUACUGGACAUCUGACUUCUCUGUGGUGUGCCAGCCCUCUGUGGUCUCCCCAUGCCUCCCUCUCCUCUUGACGACAGAAUUGUGGUGGCGCUGCCAAGGCCGAUACGACCUCAGGAACUCCAACUCUGCCUGGACACCAGCUACCUGGAAACCACCGUGGGCGCCGUCGGUAAGUCGACGGUAAUCAAAAGCACCACUGUGGUGAAGAUCCAGGCGACUAAGCUAUCGUAUAUGCCCUCGUCCAGCGGCUCCACGCGCUCGCUCACGUGUGGAUGCAGCAGUGCCAGCUGUUGCACGGUGACGACCUACGAGAAAGACGGACAGACCCAGAAACUGAGCCAGGUCAGUGCAAGCAGCCCCAACUUGAACUCCGGAGUCAGCUAUGGCGUCCACGGAAUUUCCCAAACGGCGAUGGUGGGCCACAGCGAGGCCUACAGCGCACCCAGUCUCACCUCCAGCCUGGGCAGGGGUGGUUUGCGGGUCAUCCACCCCAAUGAGCUGGCCAAGAAGCUGACGCAUUGCCCCAUGGGCCACCCCAUUGGCCCGGUGCCCGUCAUUAUUGACUGUCGGCCCUUUAUGGAGUUUAACAAGAGUCAUAUUAGGGGUGCGGUGCACAUCAACUGUUCAGACAAGAUCAGUCGCAGGCGACUCCAACAAGGGAAGAUCACGGUGUUGGAUCUCAUUUCUUGCCGUCAGAGUAAAGACUCCUUCAAGGGGAUUUUUUCCAAAGACCUUGUGGUGUACGAUGAAACCACGAUAGACCCAGGGCGGUUAACGCCCUCUCAGCCCCUGCAUGUGGUCCUGGAGUCUCUGCGAAGAGAAGGGAAGGACCCAAUCGUACUUAAAGGAGGUCUCGCUGGUUUCCGUCAGAAUCAUGAUGAUCUAUGUGAACACUCUCUCCACCUGGAGGAAGGGCAGGACGGCAGUACCACAGUGGGCCUGUCGGGGGCGCUACCUCACUCUCUGCCCUCCACACCUGAUAUAGAGAACGCCGAGCUGACGGCCAUCCUCCCCUUUCUGUUCCUCGGUAACGAGCGAGACGCUCAAGAUCUGGAGCAAAUGCAGCGAAUGAACAUCGGUUACAUCCUGAACGUCACCACACACCUGCCGCUGUUUCAUUAUGACCUUGGACUCUUCAACUACAAGCGUUUGCCCGCCACUGACAGCAACAAACAGAACCUGCGGCAGUACUUCGAGGAGGCCUUCGAGUUUAUAGAAGAAGCCCAUCAGGCCGGACGGGGUCUCCUCAUCCACUGCCAGGCUGGCGUGUCGCGAUCGGCCACCAUAGUCAUCGCUUACCUGAUGAAACACACCUGGAUGACGAUGACGGACGCCUACAAGUUCGUCAAAUCCCGACGGCCGAUUAUCUCCCCCAACCUCAACUUCAUGGGUCAGCUUUUAGAGUUCGAAGAAGACCUUAAUAACGGCGUCACUCCACGUAUACUCUCGCCCAAACUCACCGGCGUUGAGACUGUUGUAUAGUUUGGUAAGAGAGGCCUACGAGGUGUUAUACAGUCAGUAAAAGAGGAUCUUUUUUGGGCAAAAGGAGGAUUUCCAAGCAGAAAAUCCUUUAACAUUGCCAUUUUAAGGCAAUUUAACAUCAUUGUCAACCCAUAUGGAUGAGACUGUUUGGACAAGGGUUGAACAGAGGAUGAGGAAAAUGCAAAACAAACCGUCUUUUGCUGUCCGGUCCUGUUUAAGACAAACACUGUGAUGCGGUCAUACGUUGGUUAUUCGGCCGCUGGUGCUGCCUGAAGCCCCCAAACGAGUCUGGCUUUUCGCCUGUCUGAAAAGAUGAAGGCUUGUUUGUUGUUCCAACGUUCUUAUUCUAUUUUUAUACAGGAGAGCGACCACUGGCGUGGUCAUGACCCGCUAACAGUGGCUUCACUGUGCAAUAAUUUCAGAGUGGAAUGCAACCAGAGGCGUGAUGUGUAUAUAUAUAUAAAGACUUACAGGCGACCUAGUUUUAUACAUUAUUUUUGUGUUAUUCUUAUCGAUCUUUUCAUUCGAGUUCAGUUUAGCGGUGAUCAUCUGUUUAGCAGAUGAUCUGUAUGACGUCAUCAAAGCAUUUAUCAUGCAUAAAAACACCCCAAACCAGCUUUAUGUACUGUAUGUUUGUGGCUGUGUGUGUAUUUGUCAUUGUUUUUAUCACGGACAAUCAGGUCAACUUGUUUUGCAAUUUCGUUUGAAAGUCCAUUAAAGGAAUAUUCCGGGUUCAAUACAAGCUGAGCUCAAUCGACAACCUUUGUGGCAUAAUGAAAUAAUAAUUUCGACUCAUCCCUCCUUUUCUUUAAAAAAGCAAAAAUUGAGAUUACAGUGUGGCAGUUACAAUGGAAGUCAAUGGGAUCAGUGUGUAAAUGUUAAAAUACUCACUGUUUUAAAAGUAUAGCCACACGACAUAAACAAUAUGUGUGUUAACAUGAUGUUAGUGUGAUAACCGCAUCUGUGUAAAGUUAUAGCCAAUUUUACAACUUCACAUUUUUGCCUUUACACCCUCCAUAAAUUGGCCCCAUUGACUUCCACUGUAAGUGCAACGAGUCAAAAUACAUUUUUGUGGUUAUCAACAUAAUGCCACAAAUGCUGUCGAUUGAGCUUAACUUGUAUUGAACCCGGAAUAUUCCUAAAAUAAUAAACUACUGCAUGACUACUAAAAGCAUAUGGACAACUAUAAAAUGUACUCUGUUGCUAUGAUAUCAUCUAUAUAUAGUUAAAAGCAUUUGCUUGAAGUAUAAAGAAAUAAUUCACCCAAAAAUAAAGAUUCUGUCAUCAUUUAUUCACCCUUGUGUCGUUUUAAGACUUCUUGAUGUGAAGCCUUAAUAGCUCUAGUCCCCGUUCACUACUAUUGCAUGGAAAAGAGCAGCCAAAACAUUCUGCAAAAUGUCUCUUUUUGUGCACCACAGAAGACAGAAAGUCAUACGGGUUUAGAAUAACACGAUGGUCAGUAAAUGAUCGCCAAAUCUGACAUUUUUUUGGGUGAGCUAUCCCUUAAAGUCACCAUCGCACAUUGAGUCUGUUUGAUGUUUUCAAUAUUCAAGCGUGUGUAUGAAAGAGAAACGUAUCUAAUGUAUAUUGCUCUUGUGUGUAUGUGUAUGUUUUCUGUUUGAAGGAUUCACUGUGCUCCAGUUCAGGUGAAAUGCCCUUUCACGACCUCAAGCUGGCCAGACGGUUUGAAACCAGACAGAUAUGUCGUAGUGAAUUUCCAUUUUUAUGCUCACACGUCAAACUUCGCUUCAGUGAUGAUAAUAAUAGUGCCUCUAUUGGUGCCUUAACUCACGAUAAACUCUUUUUGUUUUACUUUUUGUUUGUUUGUGACUGUGUUAAAGGGGAUGGCUUUAAAAUGAGAAUUUCUUUGUAAGCAUCAUGGACGUCUUUGUGUUUUUAAUGUGUUACUGAUCUCAACAUUAUUGAUGUAGGCUAUUUACACGUCAUUCUAAAUCAGGGGUAAGUUCUUAUUUCUCAUAAAAUAACUAAAACGCUGUGAAAUAACAAAACUCUGGGCUGGUCUAAAUAUUUAAAUUCAAAUGGUAAAAGAUAACCAUUUAGUACGGUGUUAUUAGUGUGCAACCUGUCAAAAUCUCUUUGCAAAAUUGAUAAAAAUGUUUUAAUAUUCAGCUUUUACACUUCCUGCACUUUGGCUGAUAAUUUGCAUAUUACUGCUUUUGUUUAAUUAAGAGGUAGUACACCUUAAAGUAGUGCUAGUUUGAUGGGUUACACUUCAGUGUUACCUUGAACAGUUUAAAUAACAUUAUUAGUGUGUUUUUUAAUGUUCAGUACUGAUACAAUAUCCAGAAAAAAUGGUGGCCAAUAAUGUCGAUAGCCUUUAUACAUAACACCGUAACUAUUUAAAAUAGUUACAAGAUAUUUCUGGUCUCUUAUCAAUAAUAAAAUAUCUAUGUAAAAUUGGUCUCUUAUUGAUGAUAAUAAUAUUAUUUAAUUAUAAUUAAUGUAAAAAUAAUAACAACAAAACAAUAAUAAAUAAUAUUAAUAUUGUUGUUAUAACUUAUUGUUUUGUUGAUUGUUAUUAAAUUAAUUAUAAAAUUAUAAUAUUAAAUAAUUAUAAUUAAUUUAACAUAAAUAAUAAUACUAUUAUUAUUAUUAUUAUUAUUAAAGUAAUAAUAGCAAUUAUUAUAAGUAAUAAUAAUAAGUUAAUAUUAUUAUUAAUAAUAAAAUAUAUUAUUGUCAUUAAUACUACUACUACUAAUAAUAAUUAAAACCCGGAAACCCUAUUAAUCUCUAUACUCACUUUUUUAUACUUAAUUUUAUUAAUUAGACUUUACAUACAGCUGUCAAAUAAUCAGAAAACCACCUACAUGUUCACUUGUUUCUCUUUCUUAGUUCUUCCUGCAGCUUCAACCUCCUAUAAACCAACAGAAUAUAUCAUUAAAUUAAAAUGUUGGAUGAUAAUAACUGAAUGCAAAGCACAUUUUUAAUAUUGAAAUAUAUUGCUUCUAAGCUUUUCUGCAUAUUUACUGCUACAAAAGGUGCAACAAUUCUGUAACACUGACGUUCACCUGAUGUAAAAUGUAACUUGCAGUCUCUUUAUGUUUAAAUGAUUGUUUUAUGUCCCUUUUUUGUAACACUGUGUUUUUUUACGAGUGCGACCCAGAACAUCGGACUCCGGUUUUAAGGAUUUAAAGGGCAAAAAAUGUUUCUGGGUACACUCAUCAAAAUAUGGGACUUUUGCAGCUCUUUCCAGAGAUUUGCCAAUGGAUCUCUAUGCAUUGUUUAUAUGUUUUGCACUGACUUUUAAAAAGCUGUUUAUUUUUAUUUAUUAUUUUUCCCACAAAGGUGCUAUAACGCUGGAGGCCUUCCACACUGUUUGCAUGACCUGCUUUGGUAAAGUCUCUUCCUGUGAGCCGAGCGCUCUAUUUAAAUGUCAGAGUUGAAAACAGUGUUAUUUUCUAAUGUGGGGUUUGGAAAUAAACAACAAAAACAGAAACAA